UCCUUUUUCCUCUCCUAAACCUACCCUCUUCUCCCUUUUAUUUUUCCAUUUCCACGACUUGGAACGAUCUUGCCUGCGACAAUCUGCACGCUCUCUACGACCCGGAUUCGAUACCCUACUUGUACUGAGACGAACUCCUUUCCCCCCUUAAAUCCCCGAGUCGCACCCGCCGGAUUGAUCCAUUCCGCCAACACGAAAGCCCAAAAUCACUGCGGUCACGAGCGCGAGGAGCAUCUGGGCAACAUGGCUGAUCUAGGGGGCCAGCAAGGCCGGAAUUACCGGCCUUACGGACAUCCCUCUGCCUUUCAACGUGAUGCUGCAUACUCCGAGAUCUUCGGCGGUGCUCCGCCACCGGGACGCUCGCAGACGAUGACAUCUCAGACUCCUCAGUUCUCUCAAGAUCGAGCCCAUACUAUGUCAUCACACGUACCACAUCCGCAGAUGCAUAGAGGUCCACCGCCGCCCACACGUCAGAUGCAGAACGGAUACUCGUCGGCGGCGCCAAAUGGAUACUACCAAAGCUACUCCGGAAGCGCAGCACCCCCAGCUUUCCAGCAGUCUUCUCAGCACCCCGCACGGCCCUACCCCGGACGCUCCGCCUAUCCUCAGCCUCAGCGCCUGGAUUCUCGGCCCAGCACGGGGCCACAAUUUCCAGACACGAAGGGUUACACUAGGACGAUGCCGGCCCAUCCCGCCCUGAACUCGGAUUCAAAUAGGUCAAGGUCCAUGGCGAAGAUGGGUGGUCCUCCGAUGUACCAACCCUCGUUGAGUAGCUUCAAUCACACCUCUGCCAAUGCAAUUCGUCAGCAACAGUACACCGCGGCGGCUCCGAUGACAGCUCAGGGGCGGCCCGUGCCUGAGAGAAACCCGAAUGAGCGCGCCAUGUCGCUGACUACCUACCCAAUGGACCGAGACCACGCUUACACCACCAGCACAGGGCGAGUAAUCCCACCCAGAAGACAACCCUCUGGACCCAGCCAGGCUCCUAUCAAUGGCUACCCCCCCGAGCCAAUCAACGCCCAAAGUGUCAAUGGAAAGUCUCGCCCACCAAGCGAUGGAUCUACGAAUUCGCGCUCUAUGUCUAUGGCAUCAACGAUCGUGCCGGAUCGAACCAUGAGUAUGCAGAGCACAGUGGCUGGGAAGCCGAAUAAUCAGCCUGGGCUCACGCAAAGCAACUCGCGCCGGAGUAAGGUGCCAUUGGUCUAUCCCGCUUUGCUCUCCCGCGUUGCCGAUGUCUUUCGUGAGCGAAUCACACUCGCUGAACUACAAAAGAAUGGACUUUCAUAUCAAAACGCCUUCACCGGUGCCCAGGCAGUGGAUUUGAUUGCACAUAUCAUAAAGACGAAUGAUCGGAAUCUGGCUCUGCUAUUGGGUCGUGCCCUGGAUGCUCAGAAGUUUUUUCAUGAUGUGACGUAUGACCACCGUCUUCGGGAUGCACAGGGUGAAAUAUAUCAAUUCAAGGAGACCAUGGGAGAAGAAGCGCCCAGUUCGGAGGUUAACGGUGUUUUCACGUUACUCAGUGAAUGCUACUCGCCGACAUGUACCCGAGAUAGCUUGUGCUAUUCCAUCGCCUGCCCGAGAAGACUUGAACAGCAGGCUAGGCUGAAUUUGAAACCGCAGCCUGGGCUACGGUCUUCUGCCUCCAAGGGCAGUUUGCAUGGCGAUGACGAUGACAACGACAAUCAGAAAUUGUGGAUCAAUAUGGUUCCAAAGGAGGUGUCUGACAGCAUUGAUGAUCGUGAGAAGAAACGCCAGGAAAUCAUCUUCGAGAUCAUGUACACCGAACGUGACUUCGUCAAAGAUCUGGAGUACCUGCGAGACUUUUGGAUGAGACCAUUGAGAGCGUCUGGCAAUGCUACAACCUCGCCUAUCCCCGAGCAUCGGCGCGAGAAAUUCAUUCGGACGGUCUUCGGCAAUUGCUUGGAGGUCCUCAAAGUCAAUGGUGGACUCUGUGAAGCUCUAAACGCACGACAAAAGGAAAGCCACGUCGUUAAGACGGUCGGUGAUAUUUUCCUCCAGCACGUGCCUCGCUUUGAUCCAUUCAUCAAGUAUGGUGCCAACCAGCUGUACGGCAAAUAUGAGUUCGAGAAGGAAAAGGCAUCGAAUCCGGCAUUUGCAAGAUUCGUAGAAGAAACGGAGCGUCUGAAGGAAUCACGCAAACUUGAGUUAAACGGUUAUCUGACCAAGCCCACCACGCGUCUAGCAAGAUAUCCACUUCUACUGGAGCAAGUCAACAAGAACACGGCUGAGGAUAGCCCGGAUCGCCAUGAUAUCCCCAAGGCUAUUGCGCUCAUCAAGGAUUUUCUGUCUCGUGUCAAUGCAGAGAGUGGAAGGGCUGAGAAUCACUUCAACCUGGUGCAACUUAACGCUGCGCUGAAGUUCAGUCCUGGCGAUUAUGUUGACUUGAAGUUAACUGAGGAAAAUCGGCAGAUGCUAUCGAAGAUGGCGUUCAAGAAAACGCCCACCGACAGCUCUGAGGUUACUGCAUACCUGUUCGAUCAUGCGGUCCUCCUAGUGAGAAUCAAAGUUGUCAAUAAACGCGAAGAGUACCGCGUGUAUCGGAAACCUAUUCCGCUAGAGCUAUUGGUUAUUGCGCAAAUGGAUGAGGUAAUACCCAAGGUGGGAAUUCCUAAACGGCCGUCCUCCAGCCUUCUCUCCAACAAGGCAGCAGCAAACCCUCCGACUACCAAGGAUGGUCUUCCAAUCACCUUCCGGCAUCUUGGCAAGGGCGGUUAUGAGCAGACAUUGUACGCCACAUCGACUACUCAACGGCGAAAGUUCAUUGAAUUGGUUGAAGAGCAGCAGCGGAAGCUCAGAGAGCGUAACAGCAACUUCUACAACAAGACAGUGCUUUGCGAAAACUUCUUCACAUCCGUUAAUCGGGUUAACUGCCUUGUUCCGAUUGAUGGAGGUCGAAAAUUAGUGUACGGUACCGACAGCGGCAUCUAUCUCUCCGAACGCUGGCCAAAGGAUAAGUCAGCAAAGCCUCGACGUGUCCUUGAUGUUAGCCAAGUCACUCAGAUAGAUACAUUGGAGGAGUAUCAGUUACUCUUAGUCUUGUCGAACAAAACACUAUCCUCCUAUCCUAUGGACGCGCUCGAGAUUCAUGAAGGCCAGAACACUAUCGCGAAGCGGCCUAAAAAGAUUCAAGGUCAUGCGAACUUCUUCAAGGCUGGCAUUGGACUUGGACGUCAUCUAGUCUGCUCCGUCAAAACUUCUGCUUUGUCGACAACUAUCAAGGUCUAUGAGCCUAUGGACAAUCUGGCGAAGGGCAAGAAAAAGUCAGCUGUUAGUAAGAUGUUCCAGAGUGGACAAGACACAUUGAAGCUCUUCAAGGAAUUCUACAUUCCUGCAGAGUCUUCGUCGAUCCAUUUCCUUCGCUCAACACUCUGCGUCGGCUGCGCUCGAGGGUUUGAGGUCGUCAGUCUAGAGACCACCGAAACGCAGUCUUUACUCGACCAGGCGGAUACAUCUCUUGAUUUUGUUGCACGCAAAGAGAAUGUGAAGCCUAUCCACAUUGAACGCAUGAACGGCGAAUUCCUCCUGAAUUAUAGCGACUUCUCCUUUUUCGUCAAUCGCAACGGUUGGCGCGCUCGUCCGGAUUGGAGGAUCUCCUGGGAGGGCAAUCCGAACGCAUUCGCACUUUCUUACCCUUACAUUCUCGCCUUUGAACCCAACUUUAUUGAAAUCCGUCACAUUGAGACAAGCGAAUUGGUGCACAUCAUGACGGGGAAGAAUAUUCGCAUGUUGCAUUCGUCGACCCGAGAAAUCCUCUAUGCCUAUGAAGAUGAAUCCGGAGAGGAUGUGGUCGCCAGUCUGGAUUUCUGGAACAAGCCCCAACAUUGACCGAACAGCGACCGGAACACAUGGAAGGAAGGAUGAAACUGCUAGGGGGAGGCAUUUCUAUGUUCUAUUUUAGCCCAAGUAUCUUGUCUUUUACUACGCUUAGAAAGACCUUUGAUCUCCCAUCCCAAUCGGCUCAGAGACGGGAGGGCAUACAUCUAUCUAUCU